GAUUCCAAAAAUAGCAUUCAAAUACAAACCAAAGGGCAAGCGCCCUCUAGGCAGACCUAGGAAAAGGUGGAAGGACAACAUACAAGAAAUAUUAACAAAGUACAGACUUGAGGAGGAGCAGGGGGUCUUCCAAGACCAAGAAGAAUGGAGAAGGUGAUGCUCUCAACUGACAGGCCCUAAGGCCUAUCUGGGGAAGAUGUAAGUUAUUGUGCAUUCCCAUUGGCUCUUGAGUAAUCUACAAUAAUGUCUGAUGUGCUGGUGAUAAAUUCCAUGCAUUUUCAAUAAUAAUAAGCCUUCAUUUGUCACAUGCACACUCAAGCACAGUGAAAUUUAACCCAUCUGAAGCAGCAAACCCACACACAUCCAGAACAGCGAGCAGCUAUGCUAUAGUGCCCCAGGAGCAGUUGGGGGUUGGGUGCCUUGCUCAAGGGCACUUCAGUCCAAGGCCGCCCCAUGUUAACCUAACUGCAUGUCUUUGGACCGUGGGGGAAACCGGAGCACCCAGAGGAAACCCACGCAGAUACGGGGAGAACAGGCAAACUCCACACAGAAAGGCCCCCGUCAGCCGCUGCGCUUGAACUCAGAACCUUCUUGUUGUGAGGCUUCAGACUUCCUCUGUCCUCUGUGCGCCUGUUGGUUCCACCUCUGCGCCUGAUGUCUGCCUUUAUGUGGCAGGUGCUGCAGCAGAAAAAUAUAGUGCACUAUGGGAAACUGGAGGAGUUCGUUUCUAUGGUUACAGAGACGGUGCCACACCUGCUGAGUUACAGACAGAGAGUUCAGCUCAUCCUGGGACUAAGGGCACGGAUGAUCUUAGAGAUGUUACGCAAGCCAGAGGAUGUGAAACUUGUCCAGGUCCACUUGGACCGAAUGAGACUUCCUGAUAUUCCAGCUGAAUGCCCUGUAGAUGUUGAUCCAGAUUUGGAGCUCUCUGUGUCUAACUUUAAGGCACUUAUCCUUGCACUGUUGAAGGAUCCUGCAGAAAAAGCCUAUUUCUUUCAGGAGGUGUUUCCUGUGGAAUAUGGCCCACGGUACGACACAGCGCUGAAGGAACUCAUGUGGGAGCUGUUGUCCUGUCUAGAGAGGCUCUUUCCUGUUCCAGACUUUAAAAAGACUUUAUCUUGGCUCACUCCUGCCCCUGAUGGUCUGGAUGAAUGCAUGCAGUCUGAACCAAAACACCUGAAAGCUCUGUUUCAGCAACACACAGUCAUCGGCAACGUGGACCAUCACAACCGGGCCAAAGGUUCCACAUUAGGCACUCUUCCUGCUACUUCAGGGAACUGUAUAAUUUCCUCGCUUUCUGUCCCUCCAUCGACACCCAUACCGGUCACCACCAACCCCAUGGUCUACCACAUCCAGCCGACGACUGUGACCAUCCUGAGCCAGAGUGCCCUCGGUCAGUUGGGCUCUGAGGCCAUCAUUGUGACCGAUUACACAGAGGUUGAGUUGGGCAGUAAUGAAGUGGCUGAAGAAUCGGUGGACAGGUGCAUGGAGGUGCACGCUGGAAGCAGCGCCAUGGUGGCAGUUCUCAGCACCCAAAGUGCUGUCGAAGAAGAGGAGAUGAUUACUGUGAGCCAACACCUCGAACUUCCCAAAGAUCCAGAGAGCAACAGGAACCGCGAGGAGGAGAAAAGUCUUUGUGAGAAAUCUACACAAUGUGACAUCAGUGACGGUGGUGGAUUAGCAUCCUUCACUGAUCUCAGGACCACGGGUAACGAUCACUCACUGUCCAUAAAACCUGAAGGAAUCGAAUCUGAUGGAGAAGGUGAAAAUAAAGAGCUUAUGGAGAGCAAGAAAGAUGUUAUGCAGUCUUCCGGUUGUCAGGAGAAUGACCGAGAACCUAACACUACUCUUACUAAGCAUGAAAGUUUGCCGUUAGCAAGCAUGGAGCAAGCAGUACCAGAGCGAAGGGGGCGUGGAAGACCGAGGAAGACCGCCGUAACUCCAAAGGUGGUUCAGAAUGGGAGACGAGGGGGACGACUCAAAGCAGAAAAAGUCACAGAGGAAAGGAAAACUGAAGAUAUUGGAGAAAAAGCAGAUGGAAAGUCCAAGUCACUCGAGACUGGACACAAUGGCAUGAACACUCCAGUCUCGUCUCAUGAUCUGAUUCCACCAAGACCCCAUAAAGCAGAAACGGCAGAAAAUCCUCGCGCCCGUUACUUGUGUAACACGUGCGGCCGCAAGUUCACGCGCACAUCUGAUGUCCGGCGCCACCAGUUGACUCAUACGGGUGAGCGUCCGUUCCGUUGUGCUCACUGUGAGAAGACGUUCCAGCAUGCAUGGGACCUGACUAAGCACUGCCGCAAGUUUCACGGCGAAGCCACGUUCUCUUGCCGACUCUGUCCGAGCCAGUUCGUCAAUUUUCGAGCCUUGACUGCCCACCAUAAGAAGAGCCAUGCCAGUGAGCUGCCUCACUACUGCUCCAUCUGUGGCCAGGCCAGUCCCAGCGCGGCUGCUCUUGUGCAGCAUCGGAAAACGCACAGCGCUACUCAACAGUAUCUCUGUGAACAAUGUGGUGAAGGUUUUGACACCUUAUUGCAGCGCUCCGUCCACAGACAGAGCCACCGCGUGCACCGCAAGUUUAAAUGUCCACAGUGUGACAAGACGUACUCGCGACAGGCUGAUGUCAAGCGUCACCUGCUGAGCCAUACGGGUGAGCGGCCGCAUCAGUGCAACCUGUGUGGGAAGAGCUUCACGCUCCGUGCCAGCCUCCAGAAACACCAGCUCACUCACACGGGUGAGAGGCCUUUCCCUUGCCCUCACUGUCCCAAGGCAUUCAACCUGCUCUCCAUCAUGCGUCGACACGAGCGCAUGCACACAGGAGAGCGGCCGUUCUUGUGCUCGCAGUGCGGCAAGCGCUUCCUGUCGCUCGGAGAACUCCUCAAGCACGACAAGUCGCACACGGAUACCAGGCCACAUUUGUGCAAUCAGUGCCAAAAGAGCUUCAAGUCCAAGCGGGCCCUGCGGGAGCACGUUCUCAGCCACAGCGGCACGCGCCCGUAUCCCUGCAACUACUGCGACAAGAAAUUCUCCAAGCCUUUCGCUUUGAACCGCCACCAUUUGAUGCACACGGGCGAGAGACCUUUCGCAUGCUCUCACUGCGAGAAGACCUUCCUGACAUCAGCGGAGUUGGCCUUGCACAAGCGCGUACACACAGGAGAGCGGCCCUACGUGUGCCCAGAGUGCCCGUGGAAGUUUCGGAGUUCCUCGGAGUUGGCGCGUCACAGGCGCACACAUGGCCAGCAGAGGGCGUACACCUGCAGCUACUGUCCCAAAAUGUACGCUAGCACAUCCAAACUGAAGAACCACAUGCGAACGCACACAGGGGAGGAGAACACAAAGUGCCCUGAAGAUGUUAGCCAUACAGAGGAAGUCCAAGAGUCCACGCUGACAGAGGGUGACAUGACCGAUACCCUCUCAUAAUAUGAUAGGCUUGGUGGAAAUGUGAUUGUAGACUUAUUUAUAUUCUCAAUUUGUUUCUGCAAUGAUGUGGAAUGGAUUCAUUAUGUAAUGCAUUUUAAACUGCUAUUCAGUACUUAACCUUUUGGGUGUGUGAGAAUGUGCACUGGAACAAACAAUGAUGUUUUCUUCAUCUGUAUUUGGCUAUAUUCUGAAGCACAGAAUAUACGAGGGUGUAUUAUUUACUCUUUUUCCAUACUUUCUUUUGCUUCAGCUGCACAGUCCUAAAUAAAGAUAAGGGU